CUAUGUAUACCAUAACUUCUGAAAUUAUUUUGCGUAACAAGGACAGAGCUCGAUCAUGAUGUUUCCCCUGACUACUUGACUAAGGACCAGUUAUAUGUUAAUUACUGCUCCGGAUUCAUUGAAAUAUUGUUUGAAGUUUGGAGUAUUACCCACAAUCUGAAUCAAACAUGGAUGGGAGAAACUCCACAGAAGAGCUUCCCCGGGAUGAGAAGGCUGAAGAAAUCACAAGCAACAGUGUGCAAGUGAAUGUAGAAGAACUCAUCCAAUCGAUGGAAACUCAGCUAUUGGUUUUGCCGAAAAUAACAACCAAAUCGUCCAGUUGCAGCAUUUUCCUGGUAUCCCAGGUCUUCACCCAUUCCGAUGAGCCGUAUCAACCUCGCACAGUCUCAAUCGGUCCAUACCACCGCGGGAAGCCGCAUCUGAAGGCGAUGGAGGAGCAUAAGUGGAGGUUCUUGAAGAGAGCGAUAGCAAGGACGGGCGUGGGUAUGGCUCCCCUCAUAAAAGAGGUCAAUCUCGUAGAAAAACAGGCCAGAGAAUCGUAUUCUGAGGCUAUCCCUACUCCCAAAGACAAACCUAAUGAGUUUUUAGAGAUGUUGGUUCUUGAUGGGGUCUUUGUGAUUGAAAUACUUCGGGCAUUCAGCAAUGUGGUUCCCUUUGACAAAGACGACCUCUUUGGAUCAAUGCAAUGGAUGCGUUUCCGUCUCCGCGACGACUUUCUCUGCCUCGAGAACCAAAUACCAUAUAUCGUGCUCCAGAAAUUGUUCAAACUUACUGAAAUGGUCAGUGUCGAUAGGUUGCUCAGCGGGAGCCGCCCUACUCUGUCCGUCACGGCCCUCCACUUAUUCAAAUUAUCCGAUGAAUUGGAAAGAGACCCAGAAUUGGUCGGCGAUGCUUUGAAUGGGGACUUUGAAGGGCUUCAUCUUCUGGAUUUAGUCCGGAAAAGUUAUUUCCCGAAGCUGGACCCAAAGGUUUCAGCUUCGGGAAACAGACCAAUUAAGGGCAGUUCCCAGGGGACUCCCAAAGCAAGGAACAUCCGGAGCAUCUCGAAGCUGCGGCGAGCUGGAAUCGAGGUGAAGCUGAGGAGGGACCAUGAUUGUAAGAGGAGCUUUCUGCAGGUGGAAUUCAAGCGAGGAGUGAUCCGGAUGCCGCUGCUGGAGCUGGACGACACGAUGUGCGCGUUCUUGCUGAACUGCGUGGCGUUCGAGCAGUGCCACGAGGGGAAAGACAGGCGGAUGUCGGAGUACGCGAGUUUCCUGGACUGCCUCAUAGACACGCACGAGGACGUGGAUCUCUUGUGCGAGGCCAAGAUCUUGCGCCACCACCUGGGGACGCAGCGUGAGGUGGCGGAGUUUGUGAGCCGGCUGGGGAAGGCGGCGGCGGGCAAUGCCGACGAAAGCUACUUGAGAGACGUGUACGAUGGAGUGAACAAGUACUGCGACAAAAAAUUCCACGUUUACUUGGCCGAGGUCAGGGACACCCACUUCCGAUCUCCCUGGACCGCCCUGUCUCUGUUAGCUGCCCUUAUUCUCCUUGCUCUCACCGUGGGUCAGACCAUCUACACCAUCUAUCCUUAUUAUCACUCACACGAAGAAAAACAUACUCCAGCACCACCACCAAAACCAUAUCCUUAGUCAAAAUUAAACGUUAGAAUUUUCAGGGCUGUUUGAAUAUGAUUUUAAAAUUGCUUCUACUCCCUGUCUUAACGGAGCAGAAAUAAAAGUUGGAGUGUUUUGAAAAAAGUGCAAAAGUGAUUUUCUUGCUCUAAUGUACUCCUAGAAUCCAUUCUCACGGUGGCUCAAACCAUCUACACCAUAUAUCCUUAUUAUCACCCACACGAAGAGAAACAUACUACCGCAGCAGCACUAAAACCGUACCUUUGGCUCGUAACCUAAAUGGGAACCUUCUCAUAAAAGUGUGAGAAGUCCACCUAAAUAAUUGAGAAGUCCAAUUAAGAGGAGAAUAGUGUACGAGAACCUUUAAAUGGGACGGAGGGAGUAGUAUAUAUAUUUGAUCAGUUUAUAGUGAAAGGGAAAAUAUGAUUAUUCAGUUGGGUCACAAGUAAUUCUUAGAAGGCUAAGACACCAAAAUCAAUUAUUUUAGCCCAAAUAAAUCUAUUUUAUACCAAAUCCCUAGAGAAGCUAUGCCAUUCUCAUUCACGAUCGCCGUACUCAAUGAUUUGUCCCAAACGAGGUUCUCAUCUCCUUUGAUUCAACUCUUCGACUAAAGCUAUAGUCCGAGUUUUGUGACAAUCUAAAUAUUGGUAUUUCAAUUUGCCUUGCUUCCAUGCUUCCUUUUUGUUCGUCAUAAUUGAUUCGUCAAUUCAGUUUCUAUCGAAGAUUUCUUCUUCUUUCUCUGUAUUGAAAUAUCUUCCAUGUUUAAGGAUUUCUAAACUAUCCUCCAUACUCAUCGCAGCAGUAACUUGUUUUUACAAAAAGGGAGCUGAUUGCUAUUUAAAUACGGAUUAUCUUUUUAGGAGUGUUUUCAUCCUUUGUGUUAUCACCGGUGGACAUAACAUAAUUUUUAUUUGUCUUCCUACACUAUAUAUAACUUUUAAUAAACGUGGGAUUUAAUCACUGAUCAAAUUGGGUGCUGCUACUACUUGUUUUAAUUACUUUCGUUACUUAGACUGUACGCAUUAGCUAGUUAGUACUCAACCGUCCGAUUCUUUUCUUUAAACUUUCAUUCAUGACCCAACAAAUUCUUUUUACCAAUGUUGAUUACUCCAUUGAUUUUAAAUUCUGUUUUAAAUUGAUGGGCAGCAAAAUAGUCUUGUUCCAUGGUUUUCUAAAAUCUGAAGUUUUGUUUUAAGGUUAAGUGGGAGAUCACGUUUGUGAUUUUAACAGUAGGAAAUGAGAUUUAAAGUUUUUUAGCUGUUUGGCUCAUUAAGACAAGACUUCUAAAUUUUGAAUAUUCUAAAUAAAGAUUAAAGGGAAGAGCUUAUCAAAGACGUUAUCAAGCUGCCAUACUUCUUUGAGUAGUUCGAAUUCUGCUUCUAUCAUGUAAGUUCACUACCACCUGUGCAUGUUUGUUCAAUCAAACAAAAGAAAGAAGUCUAGUUGAUUUUAAUAGAUGAUUUUAGUCUAUUUGCUAUUAUGUGAACUUGGUGAGUUAUUUGUUGAGUUAUUUUAUUUGUUGUAUUGAGUUAUGUUUUAUCUGUCAUAGUUAAGAUUUUGUCAGUACUUUUAUUUUCAGAUUUGAUGAUGUUUUAUCUAAACGUCACUAUAAAAAGAACUAAUAUUAAAAUUGAAAGAUUAAGUGAUAUGUACUCGGGAACAAGUUCCCACAGAGUUACAGAGUUAUCAGUUAUCAGUUUCAGAGAGUCCGAUAUGUGUAGUGGGUCGCUCCCCUGAGCUGUCGGAUUGGCACCUUUGAGUACAUAUCACAGGCCCACAGAGUAAAAUUAGCCACAAAGAGUUAUACAGAAAGUUUAAUGAGAUCUCUUUCAGAAAGUUUUAUAGCAAGUUGUUUUUGCGAUCUCUUUCAAAAAAGUUUUACAGAGAUGUUAUGAGAAAAAAAUUUCGAGAUCUCUCAAGCAGUUUUGAGAAAUUAUUUUAGAAAAUAUUUUGCUUUUGAGAUCUCCCUCAGAAUGUAUUUGAGAAGUUAUGUGUUAGUUAUUUGUCCAGUGCAUGCUUAUAGCCUAAAUUUAUCUAUUGAUAAAUUGGCAGACUUCUAGAUAUUUUUGUGGAUCCAUAGUGACUUACCAAGCGUAAAACUUAUCAGUUUUCUUUCUUCGCAUGUACAGAUACUAAAGGUAAGGCCAAGACCUAGGAAGAUGAUGAGGGAGUGGAACGCGUGCCAAGAUGAGUUAACGGGAACGACCCUGGGUGGCUUCUAGAUAGUUAUUACUUUAUUUCCGUACACUACAAAAAAACACGCGUUUAGUCACGGACGGUAGUCACGGAUUUGGUCCGUGACUAGUUUUGUCACGGACUAGUCACGGAUUUUUAAAAAAAAGAUUAGUCACGGACCGGGCCGUGACUAUGACCGUGACUGACGUUAGUCACGGUCUGAUCCGUGACUAAAAUGGUCCGAUAGCUCCGAUUCCAUUUCCGGCGUGGCUUGUUUUACUCCGACGACUUAGUCACGGACGUUUCCGUGACUAAGUCCGUGACUAAAAAAAAAUUUAAUGCCGUAAAUCCUUUCGCAACGGUAUUCUGUACGGAUAAAGUUAGUCACGGAUAUGUCUGUGACUAAUACCGUGACUACGUUGAAUGACACGUCAUUUACACGUCAUUAACACAUGUUGGACGCGUAAUGGACACGGCUUUGCUUAGUGACGGACAAAUCCGUGACUAAGUACGUGACUAAAUUUUCUAUAUAUGCAAGAUCAACUCAUUCAACAGAACCAGACCAAUUCAUUCCCAGUAUAUACAACAUCUGUUUAACAUAUCAAAGGAUGUAGUCUAUCUUCUAUCAUUU